AUGAGCCGUCAAACAAUUGGCUCACGUACAGAGUGUUUUUGCACAGAAAUAAUUGGAUGUUGUAAUGGGUUGCUUUGCACUCAAUUUCUUGAUUUUGAUUAUGCUUUAUGGAAUCCAUUUACAAGGCGGUAUAACAAGUUACCUCAGGCACCUAAACUUGAAUUUGAUCUUUUAAAGAAUUCGAAGCCUUUCGAAGGAUUUGGAUAUGAUCAUGUACAUGAUGACUAUAAGGUAUUGAGAAUAUUUCAGAUUUUUUACCCAGAUGAUUUAAAUCGCAAAAAUUCUAUUAUUCGCAAUCAAAUUUAUGUUUAUAGUCUUAGAUUGAAUUCAUGGAAAUGUAUUGAAGAUUAUCCUUAUGGUGAUCAUAAUUAUGAGUUUCAGUAUAAUCAUAAUCGAGGGUGCUUUGUAAAUGGUGCGUCACAUUGGUUAGCAUAUCCUUUAAUAUUGAAUGAGAAUGGAUUUCGGGUUCAAGGAUUAGAGUGGUCAAUUGUUGCUUUUAACUUUGAAGUUGAAAAAUUUAAUACAAUACCACAUCCAAAUGCCAAUAGAAAUGGGAAAAGUUUCCAAAUUGAUAAUCUAUGA